UUAACUAAUCUUGAGACUGUGUGGAUGCUUCAAUGGCCUUUCUCUUAUCCAUGCACUUAUCAGAGGUGUCCCUAUGCUCAUUUUUUGGGCAUUAUGGAAAGGAAGGUGUAGGAGGAGGUUUGAGGGAUUGAGAUUAAAUGCUUUGAAAUGGCAAUCUUAUAUGAUCAAACCAAAGAAAGAGGAAGGUAGAGCUGGUACAGAUAUGUUGCAAGACCUUAGGAUUUAUCCCCCUUUUUCGGUCACCACUAAAGUGAAAUGUAUGAAUUGGGAACCUCCUGCAAUUAACAAGGUAAAAUUAAACUUUGAUGGGACUUCCAAGCAAAAUGGCCUUUCUAGUGGUGGGAUGAUUUUAAGGGAUUCUAAGGGGCAUGUUUUGUUAGCCGCUGCUGCAGCUUAUGGGAUUGGCUCUAAUAUGAAAGCAGAAUGUCUGGCCUUAUUGGAUGCUCUAAAAAUGAUUAUGCAUCAUGGUUUGGGUACUUCUCAGCUUGUUUUGGAAUCUGACUCUCAAGUAUUGGUUAACGUGGCGCUGGGGGUGGUUGAGGUUCCAUGGCGUUUAUCUAUUUAUAUGGAGCAAAUUUUAGAUAUUCUUGAGAAGAUGAAUUACCAUAUUAGGCAUGUGUAAAGGGAAGCAAAUAGAGUUGCAG